UUAGUCGAACUAACUAGUGCAUGUCAGUGAGUUAGACACUGUUUUAUUGUUGUUGUACUGUGAGUUCUUUUUUAAUUUUUCACCAGCCUAGAAAAGCAUGGAAAACUACACGAAAUCACCAGAUUACUCGGAGGAAUCGGAAGGUGAACUAGAAAUUGAUUAUGAAGAUCCAAUGUGCAACCCAAAAAAACCCGUAAUGGUCCCAUUCGAGGAAAUAACAUCAGCGGCUUACAAAAUAAGGAGCGGAGUAGCAUACACUCCAUGUGUGAGAUCUCAUAUGUCUAGUAUGACUGGGAUGGAUAUAUAUUUAAAAAAAGACUUUCUGCAACAAACUGGAAGUUUUAAGGAACGUGGAGCAAGAUACGCUUUGAUACAACUAACACCAGAGGAGAAAAAACGAGGGGUCAUUGCUGCUUCUUUGGGAAAUCACGCUCAAGCUAUUAGUUAUCAUGGAUACCAAUUGGAAAUUCCAGUAACAGUGGUAAUGCCAAUAACAGCUCCAAUAAUGAAAAUACAAAAAUGUAAAGAAUAUAAUGCUAACGUCAUUAUGGAAGGAAGGAAUAUGGCAGAAGCGAAGAAAAGAGCUAUGCAACUGGCGGCAGAAAAGGGAUGGACUUUUAUUAAUGGAUACGACAAUCCUCGGGUGAUAGCUGCCCAAGGAACAAUCGGACUAGAAAUUAUAGAACAAGUAGAAGAUAUAGACGCUGUGAUAGUACCAACCGGUGGAGGAGGACUGUUAGCUGGGGUGGCCGUAGCAGUUAAGACACUAAAUCCGAGUAUUAAAGUCAUUGGAGUAGAAUCGGAAAGAUGUGCAAGUUACACGAAUGCAAUAGAACAUACCAAUCCAAUACAUACUGAAAUAGAAGCCACAUUGGCUGAUGGCCUUGCAGUCCCUCAAGUAGGCUAUAACGCUUGGUUGACUUCUAAAAAUUUGGUAGAUAAGAUGGUAGUUGUUAAGGAAGAAUGGAUAGCUGUGGCCAUUUUAAGGUUUAUAGAAAAAGAAAAAUGUGUUGUUGAAGGAGCGGGAGCGUGCGGCUUGGCAGCCAUAAUAAGUGGAACUCUUGAGGAGUUCAAAGGAAAAAGGGUUGUGCUUAUUUUAACUGGAGGUAACAUCGACACAACUCUCUUAGGUCGCUGCAUAGAACGAGGUUUGGCAGCAGAUGGUCGUUUAGUAAAAUUUAAAGUUAAAGUCAGCGACAGGCCUGGCGGGAUCUCAGAACUUUGUAAGAUUAUAUCGUCAGUUGGAGUCUCUAUUAAGGAUAUUAUGCAUGAAAGGGCAUGGGUGGCAUCAGACAUUUUUAGUGUAGAGGUAAAAGUAGUAUGUGAAACCAGGGAUUAUAACCACACCAUAGAACUAAGAGAUCGUUUGAAUUCGAAAUAUAAGAAGGUGGUUUUUGAUAAUCUUCCAAAAAGAGAACUAGUGUCAUCUUCAACUGAUUAUUAGAAGCAUCAGCAAUAAUGUAAUUUUUUUAAUGUGAAGAAACUUUGAUUAUAUUUAUUAUAUGCUGUUGCUUGUUAGGUUUUUAUUUCUCAACUUUUUGUAAAGCUCACAAAAGGCCACUUCCUAAGACCCGUUUACAAGUAAACGAUAAAACUACAAACAGAAAAAAGACAUCCAUAUUUGCAUUAUUUUUGGAUUUUCCAUACGAAUGUUUAUAGUUUCCUUCUUACUGACUCACUGUUUCGUCUUUUAACAUUGAGUAGAUCUUUUAAUCUAACUAUUUGCUGCCAUUCACAUCUCAUCUGUCAUUUUUUUCUCCUCCUCUCGCGUACAUCAUUUUAAGCCGCUUUUUACCAAAUUUGGUCAUCUUUCUUUCGUCUUCCUUUCGGUUUCCAAUAACAAAUUUUCUUUGUUAAAUUUAUAUCUUCUAGUCUUUGAAUAGGUACGUCCCAGACCUGCCUAUCACUUUUUAUAAAUCGUGCAAUAUCAAAAAUUAUAUUUGUUAAUGCUUUAAUAAUAUUAUUUUAAAAUUUUAUUCUUUGUACCAAGUCGUAUAUGUUUCCGUAAUGCUUUUUUAAUGUUUUCACUUCUAAUAAAAAUAGCGUAGUCAUUUAUGUUAUCAAUUUAGAAUAUUCAAACUUUAAAAUUUGUUAUUUGGAUAAAUUUAUGAUUAUUCGAAUAGGAA